UGGCGCGGCCCGAGGCCGGGCGGGGCGGCGGUCCCGCCAUGGCGCCGCCCGUGGGGUACGCGCUGCUGUGCGGGCAGGCCGCGCUCCUGCUCGGCAACCUCCUGCUGCUGCACGGCCGCGGCCUCCCGGGCAACGACACCGAGGCCCGCGACCCGCCGCCGGGGCCGCCCGCCUCCGCCUGGGCCUACACCGACCCGCGGGCGCCGCUCGUCCUCUGCACCUACCUCCCCGAGGAGUUCGUGGAGUGCGAGGAGCCGGUGGACCACGGCGGGAACGCCACGGCGCAGCAGGAGCUGGGCCACGGCUGCGUGAAGUUCGGCGGACAGGCCCACGGCGAGGUUGACCACACGCGGGUGCAGUGCCGGGCGCUGGACGGCAUCGAGUGCGCCGAGCCGCGGAGCUUCCUGCGGGGCAGCCGGCCCUGCGUCAAGUACACCGGGCACUACUUCAUCACCACGCUGCUCUACUCCUUCUUCCUGGGCUGCUUCGGCGUGGAUCGGUUCUGCCUGGGCCACACCGGCACGGCCGUGGGGAAGCUGCUGACCCUGGGGGGCCUGGGCAUCUGGUGGUUUGUGGAUCUGAUCCUGCUCAUCACCGGAGGGCUGAUGCCCAGCGAUGGCAGCAACUGGUGCACCGUGUACUGAGGGAGGGGUAGGGCUGGAGCCCCCCCAGGGCACCUCCCCUCACUCCCAGCACAGCCCAGACUCUGCCUGGCACAGCGUGGACUGACAGAGCUGGAACUCACCGUGCAGAGCAGUUCCUCUCGUUAAUGCUUCUGUACAAACCUUGGACACAACGUUGUUCAGUGUAUAUUUUGCUUAUUUAAAAUAACCCAGAUUCUCUCCCCCCCCCCACUCCCCACAUGGUGACAGCUUAAGAAAUCAGACCUUGCAAACACAGGAGGUCAAACAAACCUUAAUAAAAUCUGGAAGGAGCUGA